AUGUCAUCAAGGAAAAGAACAUUAUUAAAAGUAAUCAUAUUAGGAGAUUCAGGAGUUGGGAAAACAUCUCUUAUGCAACAAUUUGUAAAUAAUAAAUUUAGUCAACAAUAUAAAGCAACAAUUGGAGCAGAUUUUUUAACAAAAGAAAUACAAGUAGAUAAUAAAACUGUAACUUUACAAAUAUGGGAUACAGCAGGACAAGAAAGAUUUCAAUCAUUAGGAGUUGCAUUUUAUAGAGGAGCAGAUUGUUGUGUAUUAUGUUUUGAUGUAACAAAUGAAAAAUCUUUAAAUAAUUUAUCAAGUUGGAAAGAUGAAUUUUUAGUUCAAUCAAAUGUUUCAAAUCCUCAAGAUUUUCCUUUUAUUAUUAUUGGAAAUAAAAUAGAUAUUGAUGAUUCUAAAAAAAUCCCAAGUUUAUCAAAAAAAUUACAUCAAAUUACUUCUAAUCAAAAUGAUGGAUUAAAUUAUCCAAUAUUUGAAACAAGUGCAAAAGAUUCAAUAAAUGUUGAAUCUGCUUUUGAAGUUAUUGCUAAAAUGGCUUUACAACAAGAAGAAUUAAAUGCUGCUAAUGGAAAUGGUGAUAAUGAUGAUUAUAAUGAUGCUAUAAAUAUACAUUUGGAUAAUGGUUCAAGUAGUUGUGGAUGUUGA